UCCCUAACAUACAAAGUCAACUCACCAUCCCGAUCUACCUGCCUAGCCAACUGCUGCCCACUGAUGCGUUCCCAUUACUCGAAACAAACAAGACACACGCAUGGGAAUCAGUCAAGCAAUCAUCGGCUACCUGUCACCACCCAACAGACUCUGGCUGGCUGCCUUUGCUAUGGUGUCUCCGCCUUGCCUGCUCGGCACCACCUUUCUGGUCAGCCGUCUGCCUCUCCAGCUCUCCCGGCUGCUUAUCCUGCUCCUCUGCAACACCACCCGCAGCAGCAACACUCUCCAUCGCGCUCAUCCGUCUUCGCCCCAGCAACCGCCAUGCAGCUGCAUCAUCGUGGGAGGGCUCCAUGGCACAUGGACGCCCCUCUUGUGAAGGAUAUACAUGACCACUAUGCCGGCGGCCGCCAGCAGGAAGACAGAGCCGAAGACGAUCAAGGCGAUGGCCGCAGGACUCGGCUCGGCUCGUUAUACCAGAGAAAACCCUGUCGACAAACUGCACACGCAUGCACACAGAGACACACAUGGACGCCCGCAGACUCUCUGUGCCGCCCACUGACAUACCUGGAAGUUGCGAAUGUGCAAUCCGUCGUCAGUUUUUGUCUCUCACCAUGGUCUCGAAGUACAGCCGGCCGGCCGUGAAGUGCGACGAGGGCAGGGAGCCGACGGACGGCGGCUGUAGCCCACCAUGGCCAAUGGCGGGAUGGUCGUGGACGCGUUGACGCAGUAGGUGUUGUAGGUGGUGGGAACUGACCAGACAGGUCUCCAAGGACACUCUCGGCGGCCCGCUGACACACGCAGAGAUAUCACUACACACACGAGAAUGCAUUCAGCUCUCUCUCCAUCUCUCUCUGUGUGUGUGCGUACCAGUCUGUCCUGAUGUGAUAUUCGAAGGCCUCAUCGACGUCAUACUCGCUCCGCAGCUCCGCCCAGGUCGGCGGCACGAACCAAGAUCUCGAGGUUCUGGGGCGGAGUGGUGGUGGUGUCGUUGCCGCUGCUGCCGUCGCCCAUCUGCAGCCUCCUGUUUGGAGCGAGGUGGCCAUCACUGCUGGUGCUGGUGCAGGUGUCGUUGUCAUGCGAGCAGACGCAGGUGAAGCCGCCGGGAUAGUUGACGCACAGCGACGGACAUCUGACAUGCACACAGGCAGCGCCAUGCAAUGCAAUACACUGGACACACCCAUGGUGUCCUCGCCCACCCGCCGGUGUUGGUCGCGCACUCAUCAAUGUUUUCACACACAACACCUGGACACUCACACCCACAGCUUCUCCACAAUGCUCUCUCCCUCUCUCUCUCUCUCUCUCUUCCUCUCUCUCUCUCUCUCUCUCAUGUCAUCGUUGAUACGUACCGUCUCCCGCGUAGCCCGGCUCGCACAAAGACACGACCAAACCAUUGGACACACUGCAGGUCGCCCGCUCGUGGCAUCCUCCGUUGUUGACAUUGCAGAGGCCGGUGUUGCAUUGCCGUUGUUUGUUUGUUUGAGUACCGAUGUUUUGCGUCGCGCUGGCAGGGUCGUUUGCGAGGUCGGUCGCCGCGCUGCUGACGAGGCCAGGCCGCCCACAUUUGUGGAGGCCAUCAGGGGCGCAGACACGUCCACACCCAACCAAGACCAACGGAACAACACGGACCGAUCCACAUACGUCCGCCUUUGCCAGCAUCCGUUGCCAGACGAGGCACUCGGGCUGCACGUCCACCAGGGUGUACCCCGUGUUGUCGGCGCAGUUGGCCGUCGUGUAGCCGCACGACUCGAGAGCACGGGCCGAGUGUUGCGCCAUCCACACCCCACGGAACUCUGGCAGAUACCUGGGGGGAACGCAUUCAUCCACAGCCACCAAUCCAAUCAGCCAGCCAAUCAAUAUAUCGAUGAUGCCUGCACGCACCUGUGCAGUAUUUUCGAGAGGAAGUAGUACUGAAUGCCGGUCAGCGGCUCGUUCAGAAAACGCGCUUCCAGCUGCACCGUGUUCCUUCAGCCACCGCACACCACAGCACAGCACAGCACAGCAGGAAGAUAAACCUCCACACUGUCCAAUGCAGCUGCAGUGUUGCCGUGUUCAUGGGUCGCGUACUUCUCGAUGAGCACAAACGAGUCGACAUCCACUCCAUCGGCAUUGAAUUUCCUCGCCAUGUUGUGCAGCUGUGCCACGGGGCUGAAGUCGGUCCUGGCGAGUCUGGCGUCGAGGUGUGGGGCGAGCGCCCGCUGCAGCGGAGGAUGAGGGGCACCACCUUGCUGCGCUUGAUGGGCCGGCAGGUCACCACUUCCCAAGGCCGCUCGUCAUCCAUUCAACCAAUGGAUCACGG